AUGGCAGGAAUCGAUCGACCUCAUAACGAUCCGUUGGUGAUUGAGUUAACGAUCAGGGAUCAUGACGUAGCAAGGGUGCUCAUCGAUACUGGAAGCUCAGUGAACGUCAUCUUCAUGGAAACACUCAGAAGAAUGGGAAUAUACCUCUCCGAGGUGGAAGCAAUCCCCAAACCUCUAACCGGAUUUUCAGGAGAAACGACGAUGACUAUGGGAACGAUCAGGCUUCCUGUGGUAGCUGGCGGAGUCACUAAGAUCAUCGAAUUCUGCGUCACCGAUCACCCAGCAAUAUACAAUGUGAUCAUGGGAACUCCGUGGAUCAACGGGAUGAGGGCGAUAGCGGAGAGCCGCGAAACACACGUCGAGCCAGUAUGCGAUGCAGUGGACUCGGUGUGUAUAGAUGAGGCGCGCCUGGAGCGAUGCGUCGAAAUAGGAACAAAACUGGAAGAGCCUCUGAGAAGCGAACUCCUUUCCCUCCUCAAGGAAAACAUCAACACUUUCGCCUGGACAGCAGAAGAUAUGCCAGGCAUAAGCAUCGACGUGACCUGUCAUGAGCUGAAUGUGGAUCCGACCUUUAAACCAGUAAAGCAGAAAAGAAGGAAGUUCGGCCCCGAACGAGCUAAAGCAGUUAACGACGAAGUCGAAAGGUUACUCAAAGUAUGA